CACCCGCACACAGCGCACCCAACACAAACACACACACACACAAGUCGAUUGACCCAACACAAACUCAACAGCAAUGGCGGGCGAGAAGGGUCUGGUGCUGCUGAACUUCUGGGUGAGCCCGUUCGGGCAGCGCUGCCUCAUCGCCCUUGCAGAAAAAGGCCUCCCCUACGAGUACGUCGAAGAGAACCUCAUGGCCGGCAAGAGCGACCGCCUCCUCCGCUCCAACCCCAUCCACAAGAAGAUCCCAGUGCUCCUCCACGACGGCCGCCCCGUCAACGAGUCUCUCAUCAUCCUCAACUACCUCGACGACGCCUUCCCGGACACCCCGUCCCUCCUCCCCUCCGACCCCUACGAGCGCUCGCAGGCUCGCUUCUGGGCCGACUACGUCGACAAGAAGGUCUACGACUGCGGCACCCGGCUCUGGAAGCUCAAGGGCGAGCCGCACGCGCAGGCGCGGGCCGAGAUGGUGGAAAUCCUCAAGAAUCUGGACGGGGCGCUCGGGGAUAAGGCCUUCUUCGGCGGCGAUGCCUUCGGGUUCGUCGACGCCGCGUUCGCGCCCUUCACGUCGUGGUUCCACAGCUACGAGAAGUACGGCGAGUUCAGCGUGGCGGAGGUGGCGCCGAAGAUCGCGGCGUGGGCAAAGCGGUGCGGCGAGCGGGAGAGCGUCGCCAAGAGCCUCUACUCGCCUGACAAGAUUUACGAGUUCAUCGGCGUGCUCAAGAAGAUGCACGGCGUCGAGUAAGCCGACCGGCCGGCCGGGGGGAAGCAAUAAGUUCGAUCGUGUGUACGGUCAUUGGUGGUACGUAGUAGUUGUUGCUUGGUCGUGUACUUGUGACGCGUCUGUGUGUGUGUGUGUAUGCCAACGCGUCUUCUUCAGUUGGGGCAGCACCGAGUUGCCACCUGCGAUUCUAUUUCAUGUGUGAAGAAUAAAUUAAUAAAGGGUAUAUUUGAACUUCCA